AUGACUCAUCACAAUCAGGUUGACAUUUCCUUCUCCCUCGACGAUACUUUUCCACUCAAUGAUAAAGCAGAUUGCAAAACGAAGUUUAAUAAAGAGCCAGUCACAAGAGCUGCAUCCGAGCUCUCUGUUGACUCUGACCAACUUGCCUUAAAUCCAUUCUUGGAUCCUAAAGUAGAGGAGUAUUAUCGGGAACUCUACACAAACUCAAGGUACGAAUGUUAUUCUGCGUUUGAUCCCACAUUUGAAUGGACUGAAAAAGAAGAGAAGAGGGUGGUAAGCAUCUUAAACUGGCGUGUUGCUUUCAUAGCUUGUCUUUUAUUUGUCACUUUACAUAUUGAUAGAGGAAACUUAUCGCAAGCCGUUUCAGAUAAUUUCAUAUCAGACGUAGGCAUGAAUACCAAUGAAUACAACACUGGAAACACAAUUUUUCUUGUCAGCUUUAUAACAACUGAAAUUCCUUCCCAAAUGAUUUCCAAAAUGUUGGGUCCUGAUGUUUUUAUUCCAUUCCAAAUUUGUGCUUGGAGUAUGGUUGCCAUGUCACAAGCAGCAGUAAAGGGAAAAGUUGGUUUCUAUAUCACCAGGUGUUUGUUGGGCGCUUUGGAAGGUGGGUUUGUUGCGGAUUUAGUUGUGUGGAUAAGUUACUUCUUCACCAGUAAGGACUUGCCCAUAAGAUUGUCUUGGUUUUGGAGUAUGUCCUCCCUAUGUCAAAUUUUUACCUCCUUAUUGGCAUUUGGUGUGUUGAGAAUUAACACUUGGGGGUGGCAUGGGUGGCAAUUCUUAUUUUUGAUUGAAGGUGGAUUUACCUUGACUAUUGGUAUUGCAUCGUGGUUCUUGAUGGUCCCUAGUGCUGUUCAAACAAAAACCAAGUGGAAUCCUAAAGGUUGGUUCACCGAUAGGGAAGAGAAGAUUGUUGUCAAUCGUAUACUUAGGGAUGAUCCUAGCAAAGGUUCAAUGAAUAAUCGUCAAGCAAUUGGUCCAAAAAAUAUGUUGAAGUGUCUCAUCGACUAUGAUAUGUGGCCCCUUUAUGUUGUUGGUAUUGUCGCAUAUAUUGGACAGGGAACUUUCACAUCAUAUUUUACGUUAAUCAAUAAACAAUUGGGAUUCUCUGUGUUCAAUACAAACUUGUUAACUAUCCCAUCUACAGUCAUUCAUAUCACGUUCCUAUUACUACUCUCCUGGCUUUCAGAAAAGUUCAACGAAAGAUCAUUAGUCUGUAUGUUUGCACCGCUUUAUGCAACGCCCAUAAUUGGGGUAAUAAGAUAUUGGUCAGGUUCGGGGAAAAAUAUAUGGGCAACAUGGGUUAUCAACACCUUGUAUUAUGGUCAGCCUUACAUUCACGCUAUCGUGUUUGCUUGGGUUUCAAGAAACUCCAACUCAGUUAGAAAUAGAUCCAUCUGCUCAUCAUUGUACAGUAUGUUUGUCCAAGUUGGUGAUGUCAUUGGUAACAAUAUUUACCGUGAAGAUGAUAAACCGUUGUAUAAGAGAGGAAAUAUGCAGUUGUUUGUUAUUACGUUAAUUCUUGUGCCUGUAUUGUUGUUGACGAAGGGGUACUUUUUGUGGAGAAACAAGAAAAGAAAUAGAAUUUGGAAUUCUAUGACGGAGGUCGAGAAACAUGAGUAUAGACUAACAACCACAGAUGAGGCCAACAAAAGGUUAGACUUUAGAUUUGAUCAUUGA